CUCAUCCUCUUGGUCCUCAUUCAAAACAGAACACAGCUGUUCAGGGUGCACCGCCCGCCCGCCCGAUCGCUCUCUUGUCGACCCUCGGCCACUACCAACCCCCCUAAAACUCUCAUGAACCCGCUGGAAUAUCACGCGCAGAAAAUAACGACUUUCGGUGCUCCGUUUCAACGCGCGUCAACAAGAGACGACUUAUCAGGUCAAGACUCGCCGCGAGAGGCUGAGCUCAACUCCGGAACCAUGCUCAUCUGACACUCAACCGGGCAGGGGCGGGCUUUUGCUGCAGCAGAGCAUGAUGAACGACUGCUUCCUGCGCUAAAGCUGCAUGCUGUGGGAAUGAUGGACUUCCCCAAUGGCCAACCAGGCCUCGGCCCGACUGCUGCCGCCAUCUCAGAGAGGAGCAGCAGCUCAGAGUCUCUCAGUGACAAGGGUUCUGAGCUGAAGAAGAGCUUUGACGCAGUUGUCUUUGACGUGCUGAAGGUCACACCGGAAGAAUAUGCGGGCCAGAUUACGCUCAUGGAUGCUCCUGUGUUCAAAGCCAUCCAGCCCGAGGAGCUGUCAAGCUGCGGUUGGAACAAAAAGGAGAAGCACAGCUCGGCUCCCAACGUCGUGGCCUUCACCCGCAGGUUCAACCAGACCAGUUUCUGGGUGGUUCGGGAGAUCCUCCACGCGCAGACGCUGAAGAUCAGAGCCGAGGUGCUGAGUCUAUACAUCCGCACCGCCAAGAAAUUGUGCGAAGUGAACAACCUCCACGCCGUCAUGGCCGUGGUGUCGGGCCUGCAGAGCGCUCCCAUUUUUAGGCUCACCAAAACAUGGGCGUUACUGAGUCGCAAGGACAAGGCCGCGUUUGACCGGCUCGACUUCCUGAUGUCCAAAGAGGACAAUUACAAGCGUCUGCGGGACUACAUAAGCAGCCAGAGCAUGGUGUCGUGUAUACCAUACCUAGGGAUGUACCUGUCCGACCUGACCUACGUGGACUCGGCCUACCCCUCAACGGGGAGCAUCCUGGAGAACGAGCAGCGGUCCAACCUGAUGAAUAACAUUCUCAGAAUCAUAUCGGACCUGCAGAGAUCUUGUACCUACGAUAUCCCGCUGCUGCCUCACAUACAAAAGUAUCUCAACUCGGUCAGGUACAUCGAGGAGCUGCAGAAGUUUGUGGAGGACGACAACUACAAGUUGUCGCAGAGGAUCGAGCCCGGCACCAGCACGCCGCGCGCUAACGCCUCCAAAGAGGAUCUCGCUGGCCAGGAGGCAUCCGCGUCCCCUCUAUGCGGCCGCAAGUGUUCGGUGACGGCCGAGGGCGCCAAAGUCCCGGCCACGCCCCCCUCGCCGAGGAACCUGCUGCCCUACGGACACCGCAAGUGUCACAGCCUAGGCUACAAUUUCAUCCACAAGAUGAAUACAGUGGAGUUUAAAAGCGCCACCUUCCCCAACGCCGGCUCGCGCCACCUGCUGGACGACAGCGUGAUGGAGAGCAACAGUCCCACCCGGGGCCAGGCCGAGAGCUCCACGCUGUCCAGCGGCAUUUCGCUCGGCAGCAGCGAAGGCUCAGAACUCAGCGAGGAAGUGUCGUGGCCGGCUUUCGAGAGGACUCGGUUCUAUCACUCUCUGGGCCCAGUGACCCGCGUGGCCCGCAUCCCCUACCGAGGAGUCCUGAGGCCCAGCAGUUCGGCAGAGUCCGAGGAGCUGGCCGUUCAUCUGUACCCCGGAGCGGUGACGGUGCAGGGGGUGCUGAGGCGGAAAACCAUACUCAAGGAAGGCAAGAAACCAACGGUGGCGUCCUGGACCAAAUACUGGGUGGCUCUUUGCAGUACCCAACUUUACUACUAUCCUGUCAAGUCCCUGAAGGCAACAGAGAGAAAACAUUUCAAGUCAAAGUCCAGCAAGAGCGUAUGCGUGGUGGGUCUGAUGGCCAUGAUGGCGGACGAUCCCGAGCAUCCAGAUGUCUUCAUGCUGACCGACUCGGAGCAUGGUAACACCUACAAGUACCAAGCGGGCAACCGGAUGAACGCCUUGCUGUGGUUCAAACAUCUGAGUGCGGCGUGUCAGAGCAACAGACAACAGGCGCCGGCCAAUCUGAUGUCAUUCGAGUGAGCGGCCCGACGAGGAGGCGGCGGAGCUUUCCGACGCACCACUUGGAGCUUUCACUGCCCGGUAAAGCCCGCCAACCCCCUGCUGACCUCGCUGCAGCCUCACCUGCCACCACUGCCUUAAGAGACAAGCCGUGUGUGUGUGGACUCGACUACUGAACAAGGAAGCGCACCACUGCUCUCACGUCUGAGCAGGUGAUUGAACUCUUGCUCACCAAUCAGACGGAGCUCAUCCUCCCCUCCUUUUGUUUUUAUUUGAUUUCUUUUUGUUGUAUCGUUUUCUUUUUACCGGCGUCCCCUUUUCUCGUCUUGCUCAGCCGACGAGGAGACAUUGAGAGGACUCCUUUUGGGGCCAUUCCAAACAUUUCAGUUUCGAGGGAAACUCGGAUCAAACCUAAGGGCUCCCCUAAUUGGUUCGCUUCGUAACGUGCUCUCCUUUGUUUGUGUCAAGUGUUUUGUACAUAAAAUGUGUUUGCAGGGAGGUGCUUAUGUCAUCCCGCACAGGUACGAUAUUCCCAGAACCUAAGCUAACACCCCGCUUGGAUGCUUCCUCCUUUUGAACAACUUUGGGUUGGCAGAUGAACAACAAGCAGACUGUGAAGCAGUCUGUGAUGUGGACUUUAAAGCGACAUGGAGGUGCGCAGAAUGUUGUUUGUAUUUUUUUUUUUUUAACAGAAAAAUAAGUAGUGUCAUGUUUUUUCUUCUUUUUUGGGAGAGUCGGUGCAGUUGACACAGUAUUACCACACAGUCAAUUGAUUGCACAUUGUGUGUCUGUUACAUUGAAUUUGAAACUGUUACACUUUUUGUUGUUUAUGGAAAUACAUCGGUGCCAUCAGAGUUUACAUUUGAAUUUAUAAAGUAGUAUUGAAAUAUUUUUUUAUUUUUUUGGAGGAGGAGUUCAACAUGUUCAAAAAAUUGAGAUAAUUUAACAUCUAUCGAAAAGCGUCUCAAAAAUUCAGUGUAAAAAAAUUCACAUAAAAAUGAUUUUAAAAUAUUCAGUUCUAAAUUGAAUGUUUUUGGAAAUGUUGCAUUUUUAAUGUAAAUUAUAUAACAUUUAACAAGCAAAGGAAAAUCAACAUUCUGUGAGGAAAAAAAUGUCUACAAAUAUAUAUUAUAAAUAGUAUGAAUUCUGAAAUGAAUGAAUGAGAAAUGAAUUCUCUAGGACAUUUAAUACUUUAAAUCUCCAAAAUGUUUAAAAAAUAAACAAACCACAAGGUAAACAGUUUCACUGAGUGGAGAUAGCUUUUUUUUUUUUUUACAUUUAGUUUUUUGAAUAUUCUUUUUCACAAAACAUUUUUUUACAUACAUCUUUGGGGAGGGGGGGGCGGUUGAAUUUAUCUACAUGCAAAAAUUAAAAACUGAAUAUUUCAACAGAUUGAAACACCUAAAUUCAAUUGCAACUCCGAUGGCACCAAUCUAAAUCCACUUUCUUUUCCUCCUUUGUGUUUUAGGCGCGUUUUAUUCUCACGCCCCCCACCUCCCAGUUGUAGCGUUUGCAUCCGCACUUUGCCAGUGUUAAUCAACACGGGAGCCGGGGCGCGUGUGGGUGUCGAGUUCUUUGGAAAGUGGCUGUUUACAUUGCGUGCGUUUACAUCAUCUAACCAUGGUGAGCUCCCACUAAUGCACUUCACAGACCCAACAAGCAAACCCAAGAAAAGUCGCCAGCUGAGUUUAUCAGGCCCAAACAAAAUCAGCAGACUUGAUCAAACAAGUCGGACGAUACUGUGGGAAACCAAAGCCAGGCUCGGCACCUGUACGUGUAUAUAUACAGACAGUAUAUAUAGAUGUAUAUCCAAAUAUAUAUUUUUAAAGGUCCUAACUUGAGCCACUAGCAGCUGCGAAACAAUCAUCUGCGUCGUGACUUGAAGGCCAAGUGAAAAAAUGGCGGCCCCUUGGGAGAGCUUCUUUGGUUUUUUGGGAGAACCACAAAAAAAAAAAAAAAAAAAAAGGCUGUGAAUGCAUGCGAUUCAAUAAUCUUUGUAGUCCUUUGAGACAUCACCACACUGCAUUUGCGACCCUAAUGAGAACAAAAAUUGAUUUCGGACAGGCUGCCAUUUUGAGCACCUGUGAAUGGACAGACGUGGGAAAAAAAAAAAAUCAAAUGCAUUGCGGUUGUGCUUAGGGACUAACGGACAAAUGUUUGAAGGUUGAGAAAGAAUGCACAAGUUAUGGUUGGGAUGGAUAGUUUGGGUGGUUACAAAUAUUUGAAUCAUACUAGGAAUUUUCAAAUUACCAAAAGCGUUUAUUGUGAAUUUUGUUUUGUUUACCAUUUAUGUACAGUUUUGGUCACGUCUUUCAUUUAGUCAACUCGCCAAUCACAAGUCAGACAAUGACUGUUCACGUGAGCGGUCGGGGCAAACUGGCAAGUUGCUCACUUGAAAAUUCCCUUUUCCGUUUAAAGUGGACCCCUGCCCUCUGACCCCCCCUCCACCUCCACACUCCAUGAGUUGAUGUUUCAAUACAUGAUGUGGUCAAUGUGUUUCCAUGCUGUGAAUGAAUCCUGCCUUCUGAGCGAGAGUUUGCCGUCCACAACAUGUCAAGGUGGCAACGCCAAUGUGUACGUGUGUGUGCAUGUGUGUAUGUGUGUGAGCGCUAUGACCUCAUGCUGAGUGAUGCGCUUACCAUUGUGAACACUGAGAACUAAUAAACACUCUGCCCUAUUUUUUACUCCACAA